AUGUUUUCUUUCUUUCAGGAGGUUAUGGUAGACAGCAGUAAAGGGGAUGGGGAGACUAAACCCCAAACCUUCGCUGACUGUGUUGGGAAUGAGCUACCAUAUGGCUGGGAGCAAUCUUUUGAUGCAAACGUUGGUGUUUAUUACAUCAAUCACAUAACAGAAACCAAUCAGUUAGAAGAUCCAAGGGUGCAAUGGAGAGAGAAGCAACAAGAAAUGUUGAAAGAAUAUUUAAUAACUGCUCAGGAAGAUUUAGAAGCAACAAGAGAAAUUUUCUCUCUGAAUUUAUCCAGUGAAAACAAAUUGGCUGAGCAAACUCGUAUUCGAUUACACUAUGAUGAGUUGAAGAAAACGAUAUCUAAUCUGAAGAUGCAGUUAGUGAAGACACAGUCCCAGAUGGUCCCUGGACAAAAGGAAUCUGACAAAGACAGGUUAUUACUUUUACAAGAGAAAGAACAACUGUUGCGUGAACUGAAAAGCAUUGAUGCCAAAGGGCGAAGUGAACCCGAAUUAUCUUCUAUCCGAAAUCGAAUUGCUCAGUUAGAAAGUGAUAUUUGUGUUGCAGUUGCAAUUUCCAAUAAAUCAAUUGCAGACAGAUUAAAAUUGGAAGAUCACAAAGUAAACAUACUUCAGCAGUUGCACAACACAUCUAAGUUGGUAACACUUUUAGAAUCACAACUAAAAAGUACUUCGACCAGCCAACUCUCUAUUUCAUCCGGGUCAAGUUUAGGAUCUUUGGGAUCCCUUGGUUCAUUAUCAGCCAGUAGCCAUGGUUCACUUGCAUCCACGAGCAUGACUGAUAUUUACAGCCAACCACAACUGAGUAAUGAAAAUUUACAAGACCUUCACAGAUGUGUUGGUCAAAGAUUACUUGGAUACAGUAUCUCUCCUGGACUUGCUGAAAAAGAACUUGCAAUGAGUACCCCUUCAAUGGGAGGGGCAUCUGGUCCUAGUCUCUUAACCUCUGCAGCUCUACCUACUCAAGCAGCAUCUGUAACUGCAACUUCUAGUAGUGAUAAUGGUAGUGGUGCUACUGGUUCCUCAUCUUCAUCCUCCUCCCACCCACUUUCAUUGAGGAAGGUGCAGGGAAGUCAGCAGCCCCAGGGUGCCACUGGUGGUGCUACUGGUGGUAGUGAGCAGUCAUCCUUAUCCCCACACUCAUCAUUCUCUUCAUUAUCACCACCUACAUCACCCUACGACAUUGGCCCACCUCCAUCAUAUGAACAGCAUAUGAAUGCUGUUGAACGUCAAAAGCGCUUGAAUGCAGUCAAAGAUAAAAUUGGGCAGUUGUCAGUGACUUCAUCUUCAGAGAUGAGGAAAACUUUAUCUUGUGAAGAACGUUCUUCUAUAGAUACCAGCAAAGAGAAUAGAAUUGUCCAUCCUUUUGUUAGUUUUGGAAAGGAAGAAAGCAGUGAUGAAUCAACAAUCAUCUCUUCUCAAACCUCUACUCUAACUCGAAACCAAGGUCCAGAAGCUAUGCACAGUCAUCAAGAUGAUGUUCAUGAGAAAGAGGAGGAGGAAGAAGAAGAGGAGGAAGAAGAGGAGGAGGAGGAAGAGGAAGAAGAUAAAGAAAUAAAUCCUACAGAAUCUCCAAAAGAACAGGAUCCUUCUGUGGGUUGGUUAGUGUUUGAAAACUAUGAACCCACUGGUGUUAUUGUUGCUGCUGAUGAAGAAGUAAAAACAUGUGACAAGGGAACAAAUACAGACGGUGAUUUUGAGAUAUGCAAGGUGAAGAAUCGGACAACAGACAAUGUCCGAAAAAGCACAAUCAGGCGUUCUCAGACAUUUUCACCUGCAGACAGGCAAGGCACUGCUUAUGUUUGUAAGGCUUUCCUUUUUUUCUUAUCUCCUUUUUAUUUCUUCUUCCUUGUCCCAGUGGUCAGCUUUGAGCAUUCUUUGCUUCACAUUUUUGGGAAGCAGCAGCUCAUUUGCACUCUUGCUUUCUCUCUCUCUCUCUCUCUCUCUCUCUCUCUCUCUGUUUGGGGAGCUGUAGCUCAGAAAAGUGAAAAUGACUCUAGUUGCUCAAAAAGAAACAAACGUGCUGAACAAAUCAUGAAGAAAGUGACACGUGAUGUUCAAAAACUGCAGAAAAACUUCUUCCCAAAUGCAUUCAGUGAGAAAAUGGCAUUCUUUACUGUUGACAACACAACUGUUCCCGUUAUUCCAAGUGAUACUACGGAUGACAGAUUUGAAGAAUUUCUUAAUGAUGAACGGACUGGCGAGGAAGUGUGA